AAAGGGGAAACACUGUAUCACUGCUAUAUCACCAUUUCUGCAACAUCUCUCGAUUCGACUCUGUCACUCCGAUUCUCUCUCUUUCUUAACCAUCAUGUUUCCAAAAUCUGCCUCUUAUUCUUCUUCUUCUUCUUCUUCGUCACCGUUGUCUUCCGGGUCGAGUAACGACACCAGUUCAUGGGUCGUGCCCGGCGUGCUCGCCGGAGCGGCUGUAGCUGCGGCGGCGAGCGCUUAUGCAGUGAUAAGUCUUCGUCGAUUCGCCAGGUUUCGGAGCCGAGUAGUAGGGGUCAUACCCGCCCGUUUUGCCUCCUCCAGAUUCGAGGGCAAGCCUCUGGUUGAAAUCCUUGGAAAGCCUAUGAUCCAGAGAACAUGGGAAAGGGCAAAACUUGCAACCACUUUGGGCCAACUUGUUGUGGCAACGGAUGAUGAGAGGAUAGCAGAAUGUUGUCAAGGAUUUGGAGCUGAGGUGAUAAUGACAUCAGAAUCUUGUCGAAAUGGGACUGAGCGCUGCAAUGAGGCAGUCCAAAAGAUCAAAAAGAAGUUUGAUAUUGUUGUCAAUAUUCAAGGAGAUGAGCCUCUUAUUGAACCAGAGGUUAUAGAUGGGAUUGUCAAAGCUCUGCAGGCAGCCCCCGAUGCAGUAUUUAGCACUGCGGUUACAUCUUUAAAACCUGAAGAUGCUUCUGAUCCAAAUCGAGUGAAAUGUGUAGUGGACAAUCGUGGUUAUGCGAUCUAUUUCUCCCGGGGAUUGAUUCCAUAUAACAAGUCAGGGAAGGUUAAUCCAUGUUUUCCGUACUUGCUUCAUCUUGGCAUCCAGAGCUACGAUGCACAGUUCUUAAGUAUGUAUCCUGAGCUUUCACCAACACCACUGCAACUAGAAGAAGAUCUAGAACAGCUUAAAGUGCUUGAGAAUGGGUACAAGAUGAAGGUGAUCAAGGUGGAUCAUGAUGCUCAUGGUGUUGACACUCCAGAAGAUGUCAAGAAGAUAGAAUCUUUUAUGCGAGAAAGGAAUUUAUCUUAGUUCAUUAUAUUGUCGCUGGGAAGAGCUCAUUUUUUUCAGCCGCAACAAGCAUGCCCAGUUCUCCAUUGUAGCAAAUUUGUUUCUCUUGCCGCGACCAAAUUCAGACAUCUGCGAUGUGACUUUAUUUAUUAUCAGUUGCUGGUGUCACCAUCAUCUCCCAGACACUAUGAUCAGCAAUGAGCAAGGUCUCCAAGUUAAGUUUGUUCUAGCAGAUCUGGUAGGCCUUAAUGUGAGCCAAUUCAGACUAUUUUCUGAUGACAUGUAGAGAGGAGUGUGCUUCCAUUGUUUCUCAUGUUUCUUGUUCAACUAAGGAUAAAUUUGGAGCAUUGUUUUGAGGAUUUUAUGUACAGUGAGUUGUGAGUUUUGGCUAACUGUAUGUUUGAAAUGGCAA